ACAACAUCAACCCUUUGUGCCCCUACAGGUGACCACCCAUAUGAAUGUGAAUUCUGUGGCAGCUGUUUCCGGGAUGAGAGCACGCUCAAGAGCCAUAAACGUAUCCACACGGGGGAAAAGCCCUAUGAAUGCAAUGGCUGUGGAAAGAAGUUUAGCCUCAAGCACCAGCUGGAGACCCACUACAGGGUCCAUACAGGUGAGAAGCCCUUUGAGUGUAAGCUCUGUCACCAGCGUUCCCGGGACUACUCCGCCAUGAUCAAACACCUGAGAACACACAAUGGCGCCUCCCCCUACCAGUGUACCAUCUGCACCGAGUACUGCCCCAGCCUCUCAUCCAUGCAGAAGCACAUGAAGGGCCACAAGCCUGAGGAGAUCCCACCUGACUGGAGGAUCGAGAAGACUUACCUCUAUCUGUGUUACGUGUGAAAGGCGCUCCAGGGGAGGAGGAAGUGGGAGAAGUGAGAGAGAGAUGGAAUCAUUGAAGGACUGCGCGCGCACACACACACACUCACACACACACACACACACACACACACACACACACACACACACAAGAGAAAAGAAGAAAAAGAGGACUGGAUUGAUAACUGUGUUUGACCUUGGUAUCUAUACAAGAUUCUCUCUCAAGGCUCAUGCCAUGGGGCUAGGUGCCUCAGGUCACAGGUGUGGCCCACUCUGGGACAGUCUAAGUGAUUUUCAUUUGUGUGGGGGGGUGUUUUAUUCUGCUUUGAUGGUGUUCUUGUGUUCUUCCCUGUCAUCCUUGCCUUGAAUCCUUCUUCCUCUGACCGGGAGCCAAGUUUAGGGAAGUGGGGGUAGGGUACAUCUGGCCCAGAGCUAGGCAGGCUUGUUGAUCUCCACACAACUGCUGCCUGACUCUCCCCAGACAGAGGUUGAGGGGUGGGGGACUUCAGAUCUGGAGCUGGGGAUGAGGGGAUUGGAUGGUAGGGUAGAUGGAGUUUGUCAUCUGCUGUAGAAUAACAGUGCUGGUUGACUAGGUCCUGUGCCCUUCACCACACACACAUACACACACACACACGCACGCACGCACACACACAUACACACACACACACACUUCAAUCUUGGCUGUUUUCUUCUCUCUUUCUUUAUAUCUAGUAAUCCCCUGUUGGUGAUAUGAAGUUGUCUUCUACCUUCCCACCCACACUACCUUCCUUAGGUUCUAGUACCCAAAGUCUCUAGACACCCCCUUAUAUAUUGAGCCUUCCAGGGGUGAAAUGUCACCCUCUCUACCCAACUCUCCUUUAGGAACAACUCUCUGUGAUGUGUGACUCAGCCUAUCCCCACCCACUUUGCCAUGCUGCUAUUCCUAAUAGCAAGAAACAGAACAGCAGCCCUCCCUUAGCCCCGAUAGGGCCAGGACUGUCCCUAGAAAUUGAAAAAAAGAAACAUGAAAACACACACACACACACACACACACACACACACACACACCCCACAAAUCCCACAUUCAAUUUUUAUUGAGGAAGGUACACACAAUUCAGUUUAAGAACAAAUAUUUAUUAAGCAUCUACUAUGUGCAUUGACAGGUGCCAGGUAUAACAAAGAUUUAAAAAAAAAAAGAACAAUCCCUGUCGUCAAGGAGCUUACAAUCUGUACAGUAAUGGGCUGUUUCCUAAGGGAAAUACUUAGAGGAUCUCCACAUUCCACCCCCAAGCCUAGUGUGCCUCCACAUCUGGAGGAGGAAGAUGGUGGGUGUGUUGUGUGGUCUCUUAGAGUAUGCAGGAAGGCAGAGAAACAGCUCCCCAGUGGUUCCCAAGGUCCUCCAGGAAGGACAGUACUGGGGUACAUAAAACCUGGGCUUCAUCUUUCUCUAAUCCAGGCCUGCUUCCCCCACUUGCUACACCCCUGAAUCUGCCAAGGAUUGGAGGAGGAGGAGGAGGAGGCUUUUUACUCUCGUUGCAUUUUGCUUCUCUUCAUGACCCCCCCCCCAUUCUCUUUCUGCGUUUAGCACAUUGUACUUGAAUUACCUCAGUUUUUUGUGACCUCAUGAGCUUUCCCCCCCAUGUAUGUGUGGAUUUGUUUUUAUUGUUAUUGUUUUUUUUUUUAA